CCGCCCCCCCCUUCGGGAGCGGAAGUCCCGCCUCCCUCGGAGCCCGCCCCUGACCCUCGCGCGGGGCGGGGGCGGGGCUGCUGAGAGCGGCGGGGCAGCGUCCGCGAGCAUGGCUUCCCCAUCUGGAGAGCAGAUUUACAGAGAGGUACAGGAUUAUUAUGGUAAAGAGCUGCACAAAUCAGAGGAUCUGCAAACCAAUGCCUGCGUCACCUUGGCUAGGUCUUUGCCCACGUUCAUAAAGGAGGCUCUGAAGUGUGUCCAUGAUGAUGUUGUAUCAAGGUACUAUGGCUGCGGCCUGGUGAUCCCAGAGUGCCUGGAGACCUGUUGGAUAUUGGAUCUGGGCAGUGGGAGUGGCAGAGACUGCUAUCUGCUGAGUAAACUAGUUGGGGAAAAAGGGCAUAUCACUGGAAUAGAUAUGACCGACGCCCAGGUAGAAGUGGCAAAGAAGCACAUUGACUAUCACAUGAAGAAAUUUGGCUACCAGGUGCCUAACGUGGACUUCAUCCUUGGCUACAUGGAAAAGCUGGGAGAUGCUGGCCUUAAAGAUGAGAGUUAUGAUAUAGUUAUUUCAAACUGCGUGAUUAACCUCUCGCCUGAUAAGAGAGCAGUUCUGCAGGAGGUCUAUCGAGUGCUAAAGGCUGGCGGGGAGAUGUAUUUCAGCGAUAUCUAUGCCAGUCAUGACCUGCCAGAGGACAUCAGGAAACACGGGGUCCUCUGGGGCGAGUGCCUGGGAGGAGCCCUGUGGUGGAAGGACCUCUACAGAAUUGCUGAGGCAGUUGGAUUCUGCCCACCGCGGCUGGUGACUGCCAGCCGAAUAACCAUCGAUAACAAGGAACUGGAGAGCAUGGUUGGUGAAUGUCAAUUUGUCUCUGCGACUUUCCGUCUCUUCAAAGUACCCAAGAAAGGCCUGGCCGAGCGGUGCCAGGUUAUUUACAACGGUGGGAUAACUGGGCAUGAGAAAGAGUUGGAGUUUGAUGCCAAUUUCACAUUCAAGGAAGGGGACGUUGUGGAAGUGGAUGCAGAAACGGCAGCCAUUUUACGGAGCUCUAGGUUUGCUGAGGAGUUCCUGAUCCAACAGACUGCAGGGACGGCGCCGGCACCUGGGGCCUGUUCCGCCAAACCAAAGAUAGCUCUAGACCUUAAGAUGACUUUUUCCUGAUGGGCCAUCUGAGGAGAGGGAUUACUGAAAGAUGGGAGUUCUGGCUUCUCUACCCGGCUCUGCCGCUGACCCACAUAGUGGCCUUGGACAAGUUGCAUUUUUUUCUCUAUGCCUUUGUUUCCAGACCUCAGAGGAGGUUGUGGUUGAAUUAGCUGAGACUCUCUGUUGGAGGGUGCUGUGGACAUCAAAGAAUGACCUCUCUGGCAGACCUGGCUCAGAGAAGUCAUCUUUUCUAAAUCCAGAAUUCAGUGCUGGGGAAAAGUGCCAGUUUGGCAGCCCUGAUCUCUGCUGUUCUCCACUGGGCAGAUCCAGCACAGACUUCAGUGUGUCAAUGUUUGACUUGAAGCAGCCCUUCAAGGGGCCGAAGGGAUUUUUUUCCAAGGUUCAUUUCCGCCUUGGCCGCUCCACUGAGCCUGCCAGCACAGGGACUGCUUGGGAAGGUGGGUGGUUUGCCCAGAAGCAGACGUGUGUCCUCCCUGUACAGCCUGGGGAGUGCAGUAGCGACUCUUAAGAAAACACAGCCUAAACCCGUCUGCCAUCCAUGGCCUUGGCGGAGGGGGUGCUGGUAUUACUCCUCCUUUGAUCAAAACUGAGCUCCAGCCAGCCUAAAUAAGGUGCUGUGAUUCGACUUAAAGCGUCUGCCUCUGUGGCCAUGCCUGGUGGGACAGGCAGAGAGCUCUUGGCAUGUGUGGAACCCCGGGACUGGGAAUCCUCUUUGCUUUGGCAGGAGCAGAGGGUGCCUGUGAGCAGAGAGGCGCUGCUUCCUGCUGAGCAGCACUCAGUCCUCGCUGUUCUGCCGCUCCCAUUGAAUGUGCGACCAGUGUUAUCGCUUCCUUGCUGAAUUGCAUUGUUGAUGCUCCCUGGAACUAGAGUAAACACAACCCCCAAGGGCCCUCAGGGAAGUUAACCCAGCCAUGAAUUGGGCUCAUGAGGGAAGGAGAUUAUCUCUUGCUGUAGGAAGGGAUGCUGGUGACACAGCCCGGGGAGCUCUUCCCUCUGUUGGUGUGGUCCCUAUGACCUAGCCUAGUGGUAGGGGGUGCUGUGUUGCUAGAGGUGCUCUCCUUCCUAACCUAUCCAUACCCUAUUUCCCAAUGCCAAAACUUAGUGCUAGGGGGUGCUGUGCUGCUGGAGAUGCUAAUAAACCCGAGGUCCUGAUCACAAUGCUUCACAGAAGCUGAGACAUUUUUCACAAGUACCAGGGUGUUAACCUCUGUAUGGUGGGUUAAUCACAGUCUGCCUUGCAAAAUUCCCCCUGUAAUUUCAGUUGGCUACAGCAUUCGCUUGCUAUCCUAAACUAUAAUCUCGUGCUAUUGCAUAUCUGCCCCUUCCCUCCUGACCAGAGGUGGCUGAACUGCUCCAUGCAUAUAAUUUGUAUCAGCUGCAGUUUGUAAAGUGCUUUGGGAUCCAUUUCAGCUAAAGCAGCUCUACAAACCAUAAGAUCCUCAUGCGUUUGAAUAUGCCAUUAAAGCCUGAAGAGUUAAUAAUGAAAGAGGUUUAAAUACAGGAAUUAAGACUGUGAUGCCAUCUUGGGAUCUUUAAGGAGAAAUGCUUAGGAGUGUGUGAAAUUGGGAUGCUUUGCCAGGUGCUAUUGCACAUCUCUGAGCUGUGGGGAGGGGGAAAUCAGAGUGCUGAUCUGGAGUGAGUGAAGCCCUGUGCUGUCAGAUUGGUCAUGGGAAGCCCAGGGCAGAACAAGGAGACUUUUCUGGAGCUCUGACUUGCAGGAGGGAGCUGAGAGGCCAAUUCCCCAGUAACACAUGGCCCCAUGUAAGAGGCUGCUGUUAAUUUAGGGUUAGCCUGUGCUGUUUUUUGCAGCAUGCUCAUCAAUUUGUGAAGGCCAGCUCGCUGCCCCACCCACAACCCAUGCAGAUGCAUAUCCAGCUUGCUCAAUGGGAAUUUGACCCUAGCCUGCCAAUCCUGACUCCACAGCUCAGAGCUGCUUUAUCUUCUGAAAACUGUUCUCCUCCUCCUGUCACCUUCCACUCAGCCUGCAGAUGUCUGACAAGUCCUUAGACCUGCCACGAGUCCGUGAAAUGGGAAUAAUUGAUAGGGGAAGACCAUAAAUCCAAGCAGCUGUGUGUCCUAGAAGUGUGGCCUUGUGUGUGCUGGGGGACGGGAGAACAUUCUUGUCUUUCCCCAAGCAGGAGAUGGUUUUCAGAUGAAGGGCUGUACUGGAUGGAGGUUUGCGGUGAUGUUCUGUAGGCUCCUUCCUCCUAUAACAACCUGCCACUGGGCUCUUAGAGCAAAGGGGUCCAUUUGUCAGCAGAGCAGGGCCCUGAGGCUCCCUUGCUGUAACAGGGAACCUUGCUGUCGGCAUGGAGUGCAAUGCAUCAUGACCGUCACCUUGGAGUCAGCUGUGUGGCCCUCUAGGCACGGCCUCUCAGGCUGCUGUAGAGCUUAACAGGAGCUGGAGUUGGCUCCCAUAGUUCUCUGGCAUUACAGAAAAGCUUGUUCGACUUGGAGGAGGAGAAGUGAGUUAAAGGAAAUGAGAUCUGGGGGGAGGGAAGUGUUCUGACGCUACCGUGGUGGGGGCCACAGAAGAACCUGGACAGAGUGCGUCAAGGAGGAAGGGAGGAUAGUUAAGUUGAGGGUCUGAUGGGAAAUGUGUGGGGCUGUAUCUUUCAUUGCCAUCCUCUGGACUCUGCUCCUUGGAUUGGGUUUGCCCUGUAGCACUAUGGGAAUUUCCCAGCUUUCCCAUCUGCCCCCGCGUGUUCAGCUCCUGGGUGGUACAGGAGCUCCCUUACAGGCAUGUUUCCCUCCAUUAAGAAUACAAGAAUCCUGUAUCCAAUCUUUAGUCCAGCAUCCUGCUGCAGAGAGGAAUGUGAAUCCCCUCCCUUGCCACCUGCAAUGCUGAUAGGGGAGAUUUUCCCAAUCCUCAGGUGAUCAGCCUAUGCCCUGGUGUAGGAGGCUGCUUUCCAACUUGCAUAGUUACCAGGGUUAGUGGUCAUAAAAUAACCAGCCCCUUGGUCAUGUGGCAGGGAGUUCUGUUGGCAGCCUAUGUACUGCAGAAAGAAGCGUUUCCCUUUGUAUGCUUUAAGGAGUGUCAUAGUUUUAAACAAACUCCUCUGCCUAAAUGGCAGUUGAUACCUUGGAUCGAUACAUCUGACAUUGGAAUGUACUUUUCACCACUGAUUCUGCUGCAGGUAUAUUUGGCAUUUUUCUUGACUUGGAUGGUGAAUGUAUCCCAGACUGGUCACUUUGGUUUUCGUGUC